CGCGUUGCUCCAUGCACACUCGCCUUUUGGAAGAUUGAGAACACGUUUUGGAUUGGACUUUUUCUUGGAGGGGACUUGUCAAAAGAAACAGCGUUUGUUGGCGUGGCGAAGGCAAACAGCCAUGCACCUGAAUCGAGAGGACGAGGACGGGAAAGGUUCUUUGUCUCUGAGUGUGUUCCUGGUGUCGGUGGGUUUAACAGUGUGUGUCGUAUGGCUGGUGGCACUAUGUGGGGUCUGUGGAUGGUGCCAACGCAAACUGGGAAAGAGGAAUAAGCCGGGGGUGGAGACUGCAGGAACCCCAGACUCGGUGUCUGUGUCUGGGAGAGGCAGAGGAGAAAAUAAAGCCAUCAAUGAUCUAGACAGGGACUUUUGGAACAACAAUGACAGCAGCAAUGUGCAGCAGCGCUGGAGCUCCUACCCACCCAAGGAGUUCCUCCUAAACAUGUCCCCCUAUGCCCCCUACGGAGACCCUCGCCUGACGCCCAAAGAGGGCAAGAUGGUCGUGCUGACUCUCGCAAUUGGAUUGGCCGAGCAAGAUGACUUUGCCAACCUUCCAGACUUACAGGAGGCAACACCGAGCAAGGAAACACCUCCAGCUGACAAACGACCCACUGGUAACAAACCUGGCAGCAGCCCCAAGGGCCAAACUCCCGACGAGAGCAACCGCCGGACAGACGCCAACUCUUCCGUCUCAGACCUGGCCAACUCCGUCACCAGUGACAUGCUAAUGUUGUCCCCAGGCUCUGAGGAAGAUGAACACGAAGGGCCAGUGUGCGAGAAGUUGGGUCGCAUCCAGUUCAGCGUGGGCUACAGUUUUCAGGACUCCACCCUAACAGUCAAGAUUCUAAAAGGUCAGGAUCUACCUGCAAAAGACUUCUCUGGAACUUCAGACCCAUUCGUCAAACUCUACCUAUUGCCAGACAAGAAGCACAAACUUGAGACCAAGGUCAAAAGAAAGAACCUCAACCCUCACUGGAACGAGACUUUCCUGUUUGAAGGGUUUCCUUUUGAAAAGGUGGUGCAGCGCACAUUGUAUCUGCAAGUGCUGGAUUAUGACCGUUUCAGCAGGAAUGACCCUAUAGGAGAGGUCUCCGUCCCCCUGAAGAAGAUUGAUCUGGCUCACAUGCAGACCUUCUGGAAGGAGCUGAAACCCUGCAGUGAUGGCAGUGGGAGUCGAGGUGACCUGCUCGUGUCUCUGUGUUAUAAUCCCACUUCCAACAACAUCACUGUGAGCAUCAUAAAAGCACGCAAUCUCAAAGCCAUGGACAUUGGGGGAACAUCCGACCCCUACGUUAAAGUGUGGCUAAUGAACAAAGAUAAACGAGUUGAGAAGAAGAAGACAGUGGUGAUGAAGAGGUGUUUGAAUCCUGUGUUUAAUGAGUCGUUCCCCUUUGAUGUCCCUGCUCACGUCCUUAGAGAAACAACCAUCAUCAUCACAGUCAUGGACAAGGACAGGCUGAGUCGCAAUGAUGUCAUUGGCAAGAUAUAUCUCUCAUGGAAGAGUGGUCCAGCGGAGGUAAAACAUUGGAAAGACAUGAUGAGCCAUCCGCGCACUGCUGUUGCCCAAUGGCACGCUCUCAAAGCUUGAGGAACCGGUCCACCAAAAGUAAACGAAACCCAUCAAAACCCUGUUGAUAUGCACAAGUUUAAACACGGGGACCAAAAGCCAUCCAACUAUCUUUCUUUCUCUCUCUGUCUGUCUUUCUCUCUUUCUCCCUUCUCAAAUUUUCCUGCAGUUUGGUUAUGAAGAGACUGGUUUUGUUUACCACUUUUAUUUUUCCCAAAAAAGAGGCUAAGCACUGCCAAUAACAUUGGAAGAGAAAUGUAAUGGAGAUGUAAACAGACUCCUCUUCCUUGAGAAAAAAGUCUGAAAACUCAACCGUUCUUUGAACAGUUGGACCGCCAAACAGGGUGACAUCUAUCAUCGAACUUCAUUCGCUGAAUCUGAAACAGCUGAUAACAAUCCACAAAACAGCCACUUCUAUUUUUUUGUCUCACCUCCCUCAUGCCGUCACCUCUAAGCAUACGGAAAGAUCCAGAAGGAUCGCAACCACAGUGCAAUACCUAGUUGAAGGGGGGAUGAACUUGUUGUUUGUUGGACUUUUGAUCACCUCUUGAUGUUUUUCUCAGAACAGUGUAAAAAAUUGCUCUUUCGCUGGAACUCGUUGUCUGUAUGUACUGUGGGUGCUGUUAUGUGACAGAAAAAAAUGAGGUUUGUUUUUUAUUUUGAAAAAAAGAAAUACAUACAUAUUCAAACUCAUUAAAUGGAUUUGAUCAGUUCAAGUGCAUAGAGGAAACAUUUGAAUGAUUUUAGAACUUUCCAAUAAUUGUGUGAAAGCAAAAAAAGGGGCAAGAAUUGUUAGUGCAAGAAUUGUAAAAAUUGUUUGUGGGUUUGUCUUAGACUCACAACAUAGGCCUACUCUACACAUGCACUUGAACACAACCACUUGAGCAUGACUAGCAUUCCGAAAUGUGUCUGAAUGCAAUGCGAAAUGCAACACUAGUAUGCAUUGCAUUCUUUGCAUUGCCGUAAGGUCAAUUUUCUCUUUCAGGUCAACUACUAUAGUGUUGAAGCAACUAUAUGUUUAUAGCUAGCUACCUGAACAAUAACACAUCCGCUUUAAUGGCACCACAAUUUAAAAGUAACUCUAUCAUCCCCAUGAGUACUAAAGGCUAAAGUACUUUUAGUUUUUCUGUGUUGCUGAUCGGAUUGGCACAGUAUACAUGGGGAAAAUUGCGCCUUGUCUGUGCACAUCGUCUGCGCAUGCGCCUGCCGUAUUAAAAGUAAACUGUACUAAAAGAGUAUCACAGUCAAAAUAUGCAUACGUCGAACAUGUUCAUAUUUGCACGCAGUCAUAAGAGCAUACUUUGGAAGGCUGAGCACUCGACCCUGUGCGAGGCGAUCCGGAACACGGAAAAACAAAGUACACCUGAGCCUUAAGAUUUGUUAUUGCCACAGUAAUGCAAGAAUGCAUACUAAGUAUGUAGGCUACCAUGCACUUGCAAUGCAUUGGCCCAGUGUUUCCAUCUGCAGUUGAGUACUUGUGUAGAUGUUUCUGGCCUUACAGUUAUCCAUAGACCAUUAAAAUGUAUUUCCAAAGCAAAGAGCGGUAGAGAAGAUAGGGUUGUGUACGUAUGCGAGUCUGUAUUUGCACACAACUGUGUGUUUGAAGUGUGCGUUGGCUUUCAACUGUAGGAAUCCUUUUAUCUAAAGCAGCAUCCUCAUGCAAUGCACAUGUCUUGCAGAGGGUUGCAUCAACCACUUAACCAGUAUGCAAUAACACUGCCAAUGUGAGUUCAACCGCUGCCAAUAUGCUUUUCAUUUGUUUUCAGACAGUUCAUUUCCAAAAGGGCUGGAUGAGUUCUCAAUGUCCCUCGAAAUUAAGAUUUAAGUGAACAUUUAUGCAAACUAAAUCCUAAGAAAAAGAGAUAAGUGAAACCAGAAAAUAUAACGCAAGUCAUGUAACUGUUUGAAUUGUCUGUGCAUCUGUUGGUUAGUGUGUGUUUGUCACAGUCAGUUGUCAAUGUGUUGAGGAUUGGAUUACAACGGUCAAAUGAUUGAUUCGUAAGUAAGUUACAUUUAGUUGUUACUUAUGCUGCCUUCAAGUCUUUCUGUGAAGUUCCUACUUACGAGUUCGGAAAUUGUAAUAAUGACAUUAUUAGAUUUGGUUAUAUAUAGAUUUGGUUGGAUAAAAAUAGCCAAAUUGCCAAAUUCAUGCUCAUUGAUGCCUUAUCUGGGUUGGAAAUGAUGGUUUGGUCAGGCAAAUUUUGUCAGUACGUAAACCGACAGUGUUAAACUGUAAGCCUGUAUAAAUAUACUGUAUAUAUCGCCACUUAAACAGCAGUACAUUCUGGCCACUUAUUUUAAGUUUUUUCAGGCAUUGUCCUCUAGUGUUAUAUUAUCUAAAUUAAUCAUAUUUCAGGUUAUGGAGCAAUUCACCAAUGAUGAUCAAUAACCAUAAUAUAAAAAAUGCAUGAUUGUUUUUAUGAUAAUGGGAUUACUUAACUGUUUUUUAGCCAGUAAUUGUGAUAAACUCGCAUCACAUGAGCGAGUCUCUGUCCCUAUUUGAAACUCCACUUGUCACAAACACAUGAAGACACUUCGACCCGAUAUCAUGUUGAACCCGAAAUAAUGGACAAGUCGGGAUUUUGUUCCACAUAUGUUCAGAUUUUCUACCUACAUGCCGCCACGUGAGUUCUCCGUUAUUUUUUCUCUGUCAAUAUAACACUUCUACAGAUUCAGAAUAUUUGUAGGUAGAACUAAAUGGCUUUAUAAUAGAUUUGCUAGUGAACGGGACACGUUUUGAGCGUGCACUCCCACUCUCUGAGUGAGAGCAGGGAGAUUUCAUAGAGCAGUGUAUAUUUGAGAGCACGCGUUCGGUUUUGUCGCACAGCCAAUACAUGAAUGUGCUCUCGCGUUUACAGUAUUAUAAAGCCAUAUAGCUAUUGAUUAUUAAGCUGGAAUAUGGUCUGUAAAGCUAUUAAUUUAAACUUUUCUUCAAAGACAUUUUUAUGGUGUUUAUUUAUCUUUUGAUUUAACUUGUUGACUAUAUCAUCAUACACCGCAUGUCCCCUGACAUGCUCUGGCGCCCCCGUAGGGAUGCACGCCUCCCAGUUUGAAAACCGUGUGACUAAAUUAAUAGAAUUUCAUGCUGUUGUUCAUCAACAGGACACAAAACUCAAAUGUACAGUCCACAUUCACAGUCACGUUUUAUUAAAAGAAAAUUCCAUGGGUAAUGUGUCAGAAUACAAUGCGUUAUAGCAUCAGUGUAAACUUUACAAUCAGUUUUCUCUUGCAAUUCAACUACUGUCACGGUGGAGAAACAGUUACAAUUUUAACAAAAUUGUACAUUUAAUGUGGGGCUCAAAGAAAAUCCUGAUCGUUCUGCUGGUAAUAUGUUCUUGUAGCAUAAGAAAUCUUGUAAAUACGAUUAUACCUACAUGACUUGAAGGCAGCAUUAGCCCAGCUUUGAGACUAGUGUUAUUACAUUAAUGCCAAGUUUCUUUUAAUUGUAGAUGGAAACUGAUACAAGUCCACGGGAUAUAAUAGCAAUACUAUUAAAUGUUGUAUUCUGUCUGUUAAAGUGUUACUUAUGUAAUGGAAAAAAGGCAGAUAUAGAAAGGGAAGAUUGUUACCCGAUUGUUACCAUGUCAACAGUAAAAUUAUCCCUAAGGUUCACCAUUAUGAAAAAUUAUUAUUGAUAUAAUUAACACAGACCUCAAAUGGUCCUGAAGAUGACUAAACCUCUUUGAAGAAGCUAACUGCUUUAUCCAUACUUGAAAUUAAAAGGCAAUGUACUGUAGAUAAGCAAUAUUUAUGUUAAAACAUUUAUAAAGUAAAUGUAAGGAAUCUCUUCAGGGUAAGGACUUACGUUCAUAUUUGUACUGCUUUAAAUAAACAGAUAUACACAUACAAACACAUAAGCAGUCCUUUCAGGAAGUGAAACAACACAUGACCUUUCUCCCCUCCAUAUGCCUGUGCUCCUACUAUCAGACGAGACAUCAGACGUGAAUAUCACUGCCAGACGCUUCCCACAGCAGGUCGUCCCGCCCGGAAAAAUCACGAUAACAGUGAAGCCCUUACAAUGGAAGUACCCUUGGCAAGGCAAUAAAAAGUAAAGCCACAAAACCUAGUAAUAGAAUUGCUUCCUGAUCUUAUCUGUGCCAAGUUAUUUCCAAUCUUAUAUUCAAUCCAUGUCAAGACCAUGUAAGCCUAACACUGUUAAACCAGAUAACUUUCGCAUCAUAUCAAAAGGAGACAUGAUGCAACUAUCCAUAAUGCACUAUUUGCAUAUAGCUUGCAUAUAAUUAUUUCUGACAUGCAUAACCAGAAGUUCACCCACUUAGAAAAAUAGUCACACCUAAAAAGGACAACUUUUCAUUUUGUUUUAUUGAAUAAUUCAUGCAAGUGCUUUAUCAAAAACACAAGCAUCACAUUUGUGCUUUUAUAACAGUACCUCACAGUACCUCGCCCUUGUAGACUUGCAUUGUAAGUGCCUUACUGUAUCUGCAAUGUAUGCCCCUCGUCCAACCAUGUCUCAUAAUAAGACGUAAUAAUUAGUAUGAGAUGGAGAAAUCGUAAGAAAGCUGAUGAGUUCACAAAUGUUUUGUUUUUUUAUUCCAGUAGUGAAAAACGAACCAUCAGAUGAUGUUGCUACGUUUUUCCUUAGGUUUAACUGCUAACCCAACCCUAAAGUCUAACACUUUACCCAAAACUAAACCUAGCCAUGAUGUUAAAAGGAAGCUUUUGUGUACAAUGGAAGAAAGGAAAAAUCAGAGUGUGGAAUGAGACGAGAGAAGCGUAUAACAGGUUAUUAACACAAAUUACAUUAGUCAUUUAUUUUGCAUAAAUAAAUAUGGAAUGAGUAAUAAAAUGUGUUCAUUGACAUCCUUUCUUAAAGGAACUUUCCAGGUUCAAUACAAGUUUAGCUCAAUUGACAGCAUUUGUGGCAUAAGAUUGAUUACCACAAAAAUUCAUUUUGACUUGCCCCUCCUUUUCAUUAAAUAAAGCAUAAAUCUGUGUUACAUUGAGACACUUACAAUGGAAGUGAAUGGGGGCCAAUCUGUAAACGUUAAAAUACGUACUUUUUCAAAAGUAUAGCCACUAGACAUAAACAAUAUGCUUGUAAACAUGAUUUUAGUGUGAUUAAAUCACUUACUAACCCUUUCUGUGUAAAGAUAUUGCCAAUUUUACAACUUUGUUGCCAUGACGAUAUAAUGACAACAAAAUGGCAACGGAAUAUUCCUUUAAAAUGAAGUGCUGGAUUGGAGGCUAGCUAAAAUGUGAUGCCUCUAUUGUAUCGACUUGAAAUGCUGUUUGUUGAUUGGUUGGACUCUAUGGGACAAAUAGUUUAAUGUUUUUGUAUGAGUCACCUAGUACCUCUUCCUAUGAUUUCACCAUCUCUUAUCAAAAUAUUUUGAGUUGUCAUGAGAUUAUGUUGCCCUCAUCACAGGAUUCAAGACAACGUUCCAAGUUUUCGAUAGCCCUGCUUUUGUGAGUUGAGAACAAUGAGCACUUAACAUUAUAAAGGAAAGUAAAUACAGAAGAGUGCACAGGUGAUACAGCAUGCUUUGUUUUGUCUUGUCUUGUUCUAUGACUCACUGUGGUGAGGCAUCUAAUGUGUGCUUGUCUGUUGUACUAUAUCCACAAGUUUGAUUUCAAUUUGUUUUAGUUUUUUUAACUGUUGAAUUGCAGAAGUGAACUCCAUUGUUUUCAUCUUAUGAAACAAAAUGCCAAACCAGGUUUAAAACAACCAGCAUUUGAAUGGUCACGUCUGUUGUCACAAAAACGGUUACGGACAAAUGAAUGUUCAAUGACGGAGUUGAAACCGAACUUUCAUGUAUGUGUGCUUGUCAAAUUAAUGUUAUCUGGGGAGCUUUGAUAAACAACCCUGAUAUUUCUCAGCAUAUCUGUGGUGUGCAACAUGAUUUAACAUGACGAUGGUUUAUUUUGGCAUAAAUGUACAGUGUAAAUAGAUGUAAAUCUGUAUAUAAAAGAAGGAAACUGAAUGAUGUCUCUUGAUUUAUAAGCUGAGAGAAUGGGGGAACUUUGCUUAAAAAGGUGGCUAUAGUAGUAAAUAUGUGAUCGAUUUUUUUAUUUAUUUAUUUUUGUCUUCUUUUAGUAACUUGUUAGAUUGUGUGACUGGUUUGUCCUUGCACAAUUCUAAUGUUCUUUAGGGUUUUUCUAUCAAAAACGUCAAUCCGUUUAAAACAUUGUGUUCUGAUUGAAAUAAAUAAGAAAAUCAUUCUGAUGUUGCACCAGCUUUUUUGCCGUAAUAUGAGUCAAUCUGAUUUACAAUUACCCAAAUUUUAAUGCCUCAACUGUGCUACCAGCAUUCAAAAUGAAUCAGAGAUUUUGUCUGUCUUUUGUUCAAAAAGAAUGCAAUUGAUCCUAAUAAAUCAAAA